UCCUUGUCUCUGCAGAAAAGGAAAAUCAAAAUACGCAAAAUAAGACGCGAGAUGUCUGACAUUCAAAACAACAAUUCUAUGUGUGAAUGUCAGGAGAAGAUUCGACAGCUAAAUGACCAGAUAUCGUCUAUGGGAGAUCCGAUGGAAAAAGACAAUCUUUUUAAAGAGCUAAAAGCUGUUGCUCACCAGGGAUUAACGGACGAUCUAACGCAAAUUCUGGAGGAAAGUGAGUUAUUGCAAGAGGAAGCACUGAAUCUUGUGCUAAAUCAUCUAACGAAUGUUAAAAAACUUGCAAAGUAUCUUAACGAAACUUCUGAUGAACAAGAAGAGCUGCAAAAAGCCGGCACAGUAAAUGUUAGUAGACGGCUUGGGCCAUAUCUUGAAGUGCUAUGCAAGCUUGAAGCUAAAGGAAUUGAUGUAUUAAAGGAAUGGGUGAAGAAUCUUUGUAGAAAAGCACCCUCCCUACACAAGCUUUCACGGUUAGGAAUAAAUGAGCUAAGAGAGUGCUGCAAAGGGGCAGACAGAGGAGAAAUAAACGAUGUCUUUAAAGUUAUCCUCCAGUACACCGAAGAGCGCAGUAAGCGUGAACAGCUGCCUUCUGUUCCACACAGUAAAACAUUCCUGCCGGAAAGGAAGGCUGCUGAUAAGCAAAAUCUGGCUAAGGCCCAAGCAUUGCUGAAUGAAGCUGAAGGACGGGCACCCAGAAAUCAACCCGAAGUUUCUGAAAAAAUCGCUGAAGAGGUGGUGAAAACUCUUGAUCUUCCCGAAAACUGGUUUAAUCAAGAAGAGAAAAAAAACCUUUUACUUGGAUCACUUAUCCAAAUGACUAAAGAUUGCAUCAACGCAGUGGAGGCCGCUGAAGAAUACGAAAGCAAUGUUGAAGUCAUCAAAAAAGCUAGCGAAGGUAGAGCCCUUUGUGGUCUCUAUCAUUCUGAGUACGAAACGCCACAACCGACAGAUUCUCAACUUCUCCGGGAGCCUACAAACGUAAAUUUUGCCAAUCCUGAGAAAAAGGAGGAUUUCAGAUGUAUAUCAUUCUGCGCAAAGGGAUUAGCUUCAAAUUACGUCGACAAGUUAACGAAGUUAAGCUGCAGGGCUAAUUUGUGCGCUUCUGGUUGGAAUGGCAUCCCAUCUAUGAAGGCUGGUGCAGGAAUUCAAAAACAAAGCCAAAUCUUUAACAAUUUUAAAUCGUGCAAAACCAGUGCAUCCGCCGUAUAUUUCUCUCGAAUCAGCCAAAAAACAUUUCACUUUGAUCGGAAAGAAAUACGACUUUCUUCAGCAUGUACAGAAGACGCAAUGCGCCUCGUUCAAAAGGCAAAUGACGCCAGUGACGACGAGCUUGCAAAUGAUGCUCGAAGCUUCUUAAAACGAUACGGAAGCCAUUUUCCGGCAGGAACCCAAACUCUCGGGGGUUUUUUCUUCACCAUUGCAGAUGUCGAAAGCCAAAGCAACAUGGACGAAGUAACGUUACAAAAGGCUGCCAGUAAUCAUCUUGAAGGUCAAAUGUCUAUUCGUUUUCUCAGUGAGACAUUUGGAAUUGGGGGAAAUGUAUCUGGCAGUAAGAGUGUGAAGGUGAAGCACAAAGAAGAAAACAAUAAGUUGUGCUUUUCAUAUUCCAAAGCUUCCAUGGGACCACCAGCAAAUCCUGCAACCUUCCACAAACUGCUGUCCUACAAUUCAAAUUGGGCUUUGAUUGAUCGUGGUAACGUGGAGAUCAACAUACCUGUGUGGGAGUUGGUUAAAGAUCUUGGAGGUGUUUUCGAGGAGGCUGCUCGAGUCCUUAAAAAUACUUGGACCAUAGACGAAUCUGAAAGGAAGACCAAAUGGGAUGCAAGCAAAGUUGAAAGAGAAAGAGCCCAAGAGACGAAAGAAGCGAUAAACGAGUUACAGGGUAUUAAGGAAACCCACCUCGAAAAAGAGGUAAGAUUAUUAGUCGCGGUCAGUCAAAUCAAAUUCAUGCUUUUUGUAUACGUAAUAGCCUUACUAACUCAUUAACAAAUUAUAUGACUUAACAUUAGCUGGAUCAACUUUUUUUUGCCAAGUUAAAGUUUCAAUGGAAUCAACUUUCAAUUCCAAAAGAUCACGUCCAGUGAAGGAAAAUGCAGCUGUUAUUUAAAUCUUGCAUAUAAUUAACAAUUAAUGAAUGAGGCUGAGUAUCUUAUGAAGAAGUAUGGAGAUCUCGGAGGGUGUUAUCCGACCAGGCCGUAGGCCGAAUUGGAUAACACCCUCUUCGAUCUCCAUAAUUCUUCAUAUGAUACGAAAGCCGAAUUCAAUAAUUGUUUUAUUACUCAUUCAAAAUAAUUCCUAGUUUAAAAACAUAGCUAAAACACUCUUACCUCCAUCGAUGUUAACUUCAUCUUCGAUAGUGCACGUUAAGGGUUGUUCAGCUCGGCAAAUAUUCUCUAAAUAGCAGAUGUCGCCCUUUAUCGAGUAGUCUUCUUGCUGUUCUAGCCAUGUCUUUAGCUAUUAUGAUUAUUUCGCCUAGUUCUUACUCUUGAAAUGAGUGAAAUGUCCACCAUUUUUGUUUUCACAACCAGAACAACUCUUCUUCAAGGUCUUCUUGGUCAAUGGUGCAUUAACCUGUAAGGGAGCUGCACUUUUGACGUCAUCGAUUGAUUAAUCGCAAAAUUCUUCCAAAUUUGUUCAUCAGUAGCUGGUCAUGGUGAAUUAUGCGUGUGCUUUUAGCCAGUCAGAAUCGGGAAAUAUUGACUGAAUAAUAAUGCGUAUUUAUUUAUUUACUUAUGUAUUUAUGAUUUGGUUACAGCAUAGCUAUUUUUCAGAUCAUUCUGUGAUCUGUGAUAAGUUGGUAUUUGAGAAAACAGGAUUGAGACGCAAAGAGGCCUAUGACAAAGCCAUAGGGUUUAUUUCCAGGAACCCCCGACAACAUUUUUGUCAAAUCACCCGUGUGUGGCGAAAGAUAGGAAACUACACCUUGAAAUGCUGGAGAGGCUUGGAGAAGCCAACGUUUGGUAGAGACAAAGGAGAACAUGUCCUUUUCUUCAGCGAAAAAUACUUUUAUUGGAAGGAUAAUCUUCCAGAACGAGGUUAA